UUUACUUAUUUUGAUAGGGCUGCAGCCUUUUCCUUCUAUAAAUCAUCUUUAACUCGAUCGAAGGAGAGAUGGCAUGUUCAUAUAAGAGACUGUAGGGAGAGAGAGAGAGAGAGAGAGCAUGUUCAUAUAAGAGACUGUUCGUAAGAGCGAGAGAGAGAGACCGUGCUCUUAUGAGCGAGAGAGAGGCUGUUCGUAUAACAACACACUUAGUGGCUUUAAGAGACAGAGAGAAGAAUACACUGUUCUUGUAGCAUCGAAUUCACUGAUCAUCGGUUGAUGGAGUAAAAGCAGUAUGCGACUAGGAUUGGUACUCGCAGUAAAGGUGAAAGCAGCUCGAGAUGUGUUUUAUCCAGCCAGGGCAGCUAGGGUCGAGGCAGCGAGGUAAGAAGCCGUUGCAGACAUGUGCAUUAGUCUCCGUUUUGGAAUAAUACAACGACACAUUUGUUAUGCAACAUGAUUUCUUUGUCAAGACAGUCGCUGAUCCAAUCAUCACUUUUGUUUUCUGAAGUGGAAGACACUGAAAGGCAUCAUGACCAAGAGCUUCCUUUUUAUCUCCCACUGUACACAUGGAACUCCAUGGCGAGCCAUCUUUGCUUCUUGUCUUUCACAGAUUGGCAAGAGAGCAUUUCAUCUCAUUUAUUCUGGCUCUCCAACCACAAAUAUUCCCACCACUUCUUCAAUUCGAAGAACACCCACUUCCAUUAGUUGUCUUCAAAAUGGUUAUCUUCAAGCCCCUUAUAUCUUUGGCUUUCUUCUCCUUCAACAUCUUAUCCAUUUAUCUCGGGAUUUUUCUACUGAUGUUAAGCACAGGCUCACAGGGAAAGCUUGCAUUCAUGCAAGAUCGUUGAAUAAACUUGAACUUGCUCUGAAAGACCAUAGAUGGGAUGAAGCAUGGGAAGCUUUUCAUGACUUUAAAAAGUUACAUGGAUUUCCACAACAAACCCUUUUAAGAAGAAUGAUUCUCGAACUCUGUUAUUCACCAGAUGCUCGCUGGCUUCAGAGAGCAUACGAUCUAGUCCUCAUGGUUCAAGAGGAAAAGAGAUGGGCUUUUCUUCGCCAUGAUCCAUUGGCCAUGGUUUCUCUUUCUCUCUCUAGAGCCCAGAUGCCAGUUCCUGCCUCCACUGUCUUGAGACUAAUGUUGGAGAAUAACAGUUUCCCACCAAAAAGUAUAUGGAGUGCAGUGUUCUUGCACUUGGUUAAGUCAGAGAAAGGAGCACAUGUUGCAUCAGAGAUACUGAUAGAGAUUUGUGAAUGCCUUUCACAACAUAAGAUAUCUCGAACUAGUGGUGCUCUGAUCAACUCCUUAAUGGAAGUCUAUUCCUAUGCCACUGUCUUUAAUCUUGUCUUGAAUGCAUGCUUGAGGUAUGGAUCUACUGGGAAGGCCCAACUCUUAUUAGAUUUGAUGGCAAAGAUAGGGAUCAGUGGUGAUGCAAAUUCCAUUGUACUUAUGGCUUUGAUCCAUGAGAGGAAUGGAAAAAGGGAUGAGUUGCGGAAGCUCAAGAAGCACAUUGAUGAGGUACCACCUUUGCUAGAUAGUCAUUAUCAGAAGUUCUAUGACAGUCUUCUGAAAUUGCACUUUAUGUUCAAUGACAUCGAUGCUGCUUCAGAGCUUGUCCUUGAUCUUUAUAGGCGUUCACAUGAUCUUUUUCUCUCCAGGGAGCUUGAAUCUGAGACUAAAAGUGAAAAGAGCAAUGUUGGGACCGUUGAAUUGUGCAAGAUUGAAUCAUCCAAGAAGGACAUCACAAUUGGAUGGAACAGUAAAAGAGAGAGAAGUUUUGUGGUUCAUUUUGGACCUCGAAAUAUGAAGACCAUUUUGACAAUGAGGUUCCAUCCCGAGAUGUUGCAGGAUGCUUCGCUAAUUAAAGUGGACAGCACAUCAGAGCUUAUAAUUGACAUUAAGGGGGGGCUUGAAGCUAGCACAAAGGCUCUAGCCAUGCUUUUCAAUGGCUAUCAAAGGCUUGGAAGGGUUGAUGACUUUACAAAGGUGCUUGUGAGUAUAGAGAGAGAGAGACCCACAUCAACUGAAGCUUCAAUAAGCACACAGGUGAUCCAUGCUUGCAUUAAAUUGGGUUGGCUUAGCACUGCUCAUGAUAUCAUAGAAGACAUGGCAGCAGCUGGAAUUUCUCUCUCCACUUCUUUGUAUUUAUCGCUUUUGAGAGCUUAUCACAUUCAUAAUCAAUGGAAGGAGGCCAAGGUGUUGGUCAAGCUGAUGAGAAAGGCUGGGCAUCUCUUAUCACUAUCAGAUGAACAGGUUAUAUCACUCUCCCUCUCUAAAACAGGGGCAAAAGAGUCCAGUCCAAGGAGUAGCAGACAUGAUACACUGACUGAGCUUUUAGAAAGAGAAUCUAGAAAGGAGGAACACGUUUCUCACAUGGUAUAUGAGAUUAACUCUUCUAUAGACUUCUUUUGCCAUGCCAAUAUGAUGGAUGAUGCUGUGAAAUCAUUUCGAAAGAUGCAAGAUAUGGGGCUUCGACCAAAUAAACAAACAUUCAGGCUUUUGAUAAAUGGGUAUUCUUCUUUGAGCAUGUAUCGAGAAAUCACGAUACUUUGGGGUGAGAUCAGGAGGGGUAUAGAAGAUGGAAAUGUACAAAUUGAUAGGGAUAUUUACGACAGCUUGCUGUGGAGUUUCCUCAGAGGUGGGUAUUUCGAGAGAACAAUGGAAUUUGUUAAAAGAAUGACAGAAUGCAACAUGUUUAUAGACAAGUGGAAGUAUAAAAGGGAGUAUUUGAAGUAUCAUAAGGAUUUGUAUAGGAACCUGAAAGCUGCAAAAGCCAAAACAGAAGCUCAGCUGAAUAGAUUAGAACAUGUUCGAGCCUUUAAAAGAUGGGUUGGGGUGAAGGGAAGGUAUCCUUAUUAGGGUUUAGAUUGUAGCUGUAGGAGCGUUGUGCUUGAGUGGUAAUCUUGUUUCCAAAAACUUCUGCUUCCUUGGCAAUCUUUUACUGGAAAAGGAUUGUAAAAUUAAGUUGGGUGUUAAGAGUACUCAUAUUGUUAGUGAAAUCCAACAAGUGAUUUGUUUUUCCUUUGGUGGAUAUGCAGAUUUUCUUUUGAUGAACAAGAAAAAGAAUAUGAUGAUUUGCUUAUGUUGAAUGU